AUGGCUUCUCAACACAACGCUGGUAACCUUGAAGUUGAGUCCUCUAACCCAGGUAACCCACCUCCUUAUUUCGCUGAAAUCACCAAUAGCAUUAACCGUUUAACUGAGCAAAACCAGACCCUGAUCAAUGCCUUACUCCAACGGGAUCUCCCCGUUUCUCCUCCUUCACCACCAGAUAUCCCUCCAAACCUGGCCUCCUCAGGAACCACUCCCUCCACCUCAUGGUUCACAUCCCUCACACCACCCCCCUGUCCCCGAAGGCAUCCGAUACCCCACGAUGACCCACUUGUCAUCUCCUCUCUCAUUUCCAACUACAACGUUCGAUGUGUGCUCGUCGACAAUGGUAGCUCCUCGGACAUUAUCUUCCUCAAUGCUUUCAAGCAACUCCAAAUUAGUGAAGAAAAGUUAUCGCCUCUACAAACUCCUUUAGUUGGCUUCACUAGAGACCAGGUAAUUUCUAUAGGAUCCAUCGACCUACCAAUCACUAUCGGUGAGUAUUCAAGGCAAAAUACGAAGAUUCUCACCUUUCUGGUUGUCAACUGCCCUUCUGCCUACAACGUCAUCCUUGGACGCACAACACUCAAUGCUUUCCAAUCCGUGACAUCCACUUAUCCCCUGGCACUCAAAUUUCUGACUGAUCAUGGGGUUGACACUGUAAGGGGCGAACAGACCGUGGCUAGAGAAUGUUACGUCAUUUCACUAAAAGAAGUCAAAAUGAAAGAAGCUAUGAUCAUAGAAGGUCUUGAUGUCAGGGAUAAGAAGGAACUAAUCAAGGGGGAACCAAUGGAAGAGUUAAUCGGAGUGUCCAUAAACUCUGACGAUCCAACAAAGACGGCUAAGAUUAGUAGUCAGCUAUCUCCUCAUGCUAAGGCCGACCUCACGACUCUCCUAACCGAGCACAAAGACGUCUUUGCUUGGAUUCAUGCGGACAUGCUAGGCAUUGACCCCGCUUUUAUCACUCAUUGCCUUAGUAUUGAACCCCAGUUUCGACCAUUCCGCCAAAAACAACGCAUUUUUCACCCAGAGUGUAACAACCUCAACGCCACUGAGGUGGAUAAGCUGUUAAAGGCACAGUUCAUCAGAAACGCAGAUUGUCCCAGAUGGUUAUCUAAUGUAGUCUUGGUCCGCAAAAAUAAUGGCAAAUGGAAACUAUGCGUCGACUAUUCCGACUUCAACCGAGCCUGCUCCAAGGAUAGCUACCCACUUCCUAGGAUAGAUCUAUUGGUUGAUGCGACUGCAGGACAUCAGAUGCUUAGCUUCAUGGACGCUUUCUCUGGCUAUAAUUAG